GGAUUUAUUCUUGUCCCUUUCAAUGGAGAGUGACUGUAUAGACCAAUAAUGAGGACCAGCCCUCGCAGGCCCUUAAUUCUCAAAAGACGGAAACUGACCCUCCCACAGAAGAAUGCAUCCAGUACUUCAGCAAGACAUGAGGACAGUGGUCAAGAUGAAAAGACUCCUAAGCAGGAACACAGCCAGGAGAAGCAACACAACGGCCAACCCAGAGACAAACCAGACUGUGGCCUGCAGACAUUCCCAGCGGGAAUAAAGAUAAUUGAUCAUCCUACCAUGCCCAAUACGCAAGUGGUGGCCAUCCCUACAAAUGCUGAUAUCCAGAGCAUCAUAGAGGCACUGACAGCAAAAGGAAAAGAAUGUGGCAACAAUGGGCCCAACAAGUUCAUUCUCAUUAGCAGUGGGGGCACAUCCCGUUCAGCAGGUCCAACACCAUCGCAGCAUCUUCCAUCAGAGAAGAAACCCAGUGCAGCAGCCAAGACUGCAGAUGGUCAAGAAAGAGAGAAGGAUGUUACACAGACCCCUGGUCUUGCAGGAGGGAAGAUGCUCUGGCAUUCGGGAAUUGAUUCUGUGGCUGGACAAGAACGGGAGAGCAACAGCAGUGGCGAGACAACGAGCUCUGUGUUGGACAAUAGUUUAACUAACAUCCAGUGGCUGGGGAAGAUGAGAUCUGAUGGGCUAAGUCCCUGUUCUGUGAAGCAAGACACAGAAAAAGAGAACCAGAUGCCUCUGCGGGAAACAAUCAAGACUGAAGAAGAUGCUGCUGCUGCUGCUAUUCCUACCACUGCCGCCACCUCCUCAUGGCAGGAUUCAGUAUCAGAACGACCUCCUUACUCCUACAUGGCCAUGAUCCAGUUUGCCAUCAACAGCACUGAGAAGAAGCGUAUGACUCUGAAGGACAUCUAUACCUGGAUUGAGGAUCAUUUCCCAUAUUUUAAACAUGUGGCUAAGCCAGGUUGGAAGAACUCCAUCCGGCAUAAUCUGUCCCUUCAUGAUAUGUUUGUCCGUGAGACAUCUGCUAAUGGUAAAAUCUCAUUCUGGACUAUUCACCCUGAUGCAAACCGUUGCCUAACAUUGGACCAGGUAUUUAAGCCGCUGGACUUGGGGUCACCAACAUCGCCUGAGCUCUUUGAAUCACAGCAGAAGAAAUAUCCUCCAGAUACCCAGAAGAACAUGGGAAGCAACAGCAGCAGCAAAACUGAACCCCAGAACGCACGCCGAAAGAUGAAGCCUUUGCUUCCUCGCAUCAACUCCUACCUGGUUCCGAUCCAGUUUCCUUUGAGUCAGCCUCUUGUCUUGCAGCCUUCUAUGAAGGUUCCUCUAUCCAUGGCACAGGGAGCAUCCCUCAGCAGCUCAGAGACUUUCCGGAGCAAUAAGCGUGUGCGCAUUGCUCCAAAGAUGUCACUCUCUGCAGAAGAAUCAUCCUCUUUACCCAUAGCCACUGUCAAGGAGGAGAGUCAAUGCGAUGAAGGUUUAUUUUCCCCAACCCAUUCCCUAAAGGAGAGCAGCUCCCAGCCUGGUGAGGAAUCGGCUUCUUUCCCUGAGAGUGUCUGUAUAAAGGAGGAAGAAAGCUCUCAGCUGGAUGACUGGCUGACCCCAUUUGCCUCAACCCUAAUGGUGAAGGAAGAGCCAGGCUUGUUGCUCCCAGUCGCAUCCACAAAGGAGAAGAAACAAUUCACCGUCCUGAAGUCACCACCUAAGGGUGUUUCUGACACAUUAGUUAUAAAGAGGAGGGAAAGGCGGGAAAUAGGCAGGUCCAGAAGGAAACAACGCCUAGCACUGCCUUGCUCAGAAGAGCCUGUCCUUGUUCUGCCAGAAAGCAACGGCUUUGACCCUUUUCGGUUAGGGGCAGACCGCUCCUUCCUGCAGGAAGGGCAGCCUCUUGAGAAUGUUUCACAGCUCAGCUGCUCACAGGGUGAAGAGGGGCCCUUUAAAACCCCAGUCAAGGAGAUGUUCAGCAAAUUACCAGUUUCUUCCACUCCCAGCAAAGUCUCAGCAACUACCAGCCCUCCAUUAGGGAGCCUUGACCCCUGGAAAUCUGCACCCUUAGCAAAGGGAAGUCACGAGCUGGACUUCAGUCCAGUGAGAACCCUUCAGCUGCCAUUCACACCCCUCCAGGAGAACCAGGACUUGCUGGGUUUUAACAGCACACCCCUUAAAAAUCCCCUCUUUGAGUCCCCUCGGGAACUGCUCAUUACAGAAUCCAGUGACAUGGUGCAUGCUCCCCUCACGAGCUCUCCAGCUUUUAUUCAUGAGUCUACUAAGCAAUCAUCUGUUGAACUGCCAGCCUGUGGUUUUACUGAAAACCGAUCUCUCAUGGAGGGCCUUAUCCUGGACACAAUGAAUGACAGUCUGAGCAAAAUCCUUUUAGACAUCAGCUUUCCUGGUCUUGAGGAUGAAAACUUAGGAACGGACAUUAGUUGGUCUCAGCUCAUACCUGAACUGAAGUAA